CCAUGAUGUAGCUGCAGAGACUUGUUGAAGACGUACAUUUUUUAUCUAGAUGUCCUUUUAAAUAGAGGGUGAGUGCAUUUUCAGCAAAUACUUCACAACAAACCACUGAAGUAACGUGCCCGCUACCAAGAAAAAUAAAAAAAAUAUAUCGAUUGAGUAUCAUGGUGACCAUUGUGGAGGAAGAAGGGCGUGUCCGAAAGCUCACCACUUUGCCAUAUCGGUCAGACUGAAAUGAACAAAGAGAAUACGGUGUCCCGUUUACCGGUUAUGUCCGGGAAGAGGGCCCACGCUGUCACCUCAGAUGGAGAGCACCAGCAACCUGCGCAGAAGAAGAUGCGUAAGGUCGACAUUGACCCUGCUCCGAGGGCUAGGCCUGCAGCCACUGUGGUCCCCAAACGAAUGUUACCACCUAAACAGGCAGUCACCAGACCUCUUCGCCCUACUGGAGCAGCCACUGUGGCAGCUGGGCCUUCUCAAGGUCUUCACAGGCCACCUGUUGCAUCAGUUCCUAAAGCAGGUGCGACAGCCAUUUCGAAGGGUCCUAAACGCCCAGGCUGGGACCUGAAGGGUAAGGUCAGUGACAUGGAGGUGAAAGUGCAGACCUACCAGAGCCGUGUCAAGUCUGUCAACCAGGAGAACGAGAACCUCAAAGACUCCAUCUCCAAAAUACAGAAACGGGAGUCGCAGAUGCAGGAGGAGAACGUUCAGCUCAAAAAACGCCUCAGGGAGUGUGAGGAGGAGCUGUCUGCGUUGUGCUCCAUGAAGAAGGACCUGGAGAUGGUGUCUAAAGAGAGAGAUGAUCUGCAGAGAGAGCUCAGUAAUCUCUCUGAGCAACACAAGGUCCUGCAGGGACUCAGAGACAACCUGGAGUCUGAGCUUUGCAAUGUUCAGAGCCAGCUGUCCGUGCAGACGAGUGCCCUGAACCGUUGUCAGGACAGUUUGCGGCAGAGCCAGGAGACGGUGAGCAGCCUGCAGGAGACUGUAGCCCAGCAGAGGGACGAACUCCACCACGGAGAGAUGGAGCGAAGGAAACUCCACAACACUAUUCAAGAGCUCAAGGGGAACAUCAGAGUUUUCUGCAGAGUUCGCCCACUUCUGACCGAGGGCAAAUCUGAAAUCCCUCACAUCCAGCUACCUGCUCAUGACAACAAGUCUCUGACUCUGGCCAGAGUGGAGGAGUCACACACAGGCCGCACCGUCGACACCCAGAAGAGCUACAACUUCAGCUUUGACCGCGUGUUUGGGCCUAGCGCCCGCCAGCAGGAGGUGUUUGAGGAGAUCUCGCUCCUGGUGCAGUCAGCGCUGGAUGGCUACAACGUCUGCUGCUUUGCCUACGGCCAGACAGGCAGCGGGAAGACCUACACCAUGGAGGGAGGAGACCUGGAGGACAUGCGAGGGGUCAUCCCCCGUGCCGUUCAACAGAUCUUCAAAUCCGCUCAGGCACUUAAAGAGCAGGGCUGGCAGUACACUUUCACGGCCAGUUUUGUGGAGAUCUACAACGAGACCCUGAGGGAUCUCCUGUACACGGGCAAGUCAAACAAGAGACCCGAGCAUGAGAUCAGGAAGGUUUCCAACAAUGAGAUCACAGUCACAAAUUUGACCUACCAGAAAGUCUCCACCGAGGAUGAGGUGUGCAACCUCAUCUUGCUGGCCAACCAAAACCGCUCCACAGCCCGGACCAACAUGAACGACCACUCGUCACGCUCUCACUCGGUCUUCCAGCUCGACAUCGACGGAGAGAACCGUGACAGAGACAUCAAGUGCAAGUCCACACUGUGUCUGGUGGACCUGGCAGGAAGUGAGAGGGUACAGAAGAGCCAGUCUCAGGGGGAACGCUUCAAAGAAAUGACUGCCAUCAACUCUUCCCUCACCAACCUUGGCAUCGUGAUCGCUGCCCUGGCGAACAAGGAGAGCUUCGUUCCAUACCGUAACUCCAAGCUCACAUACCUCCUGCAAAACUGCCUCGGUGGUAACAGCAAGACUCUGAUGUUUGUUAACAUUUCCCCUGAGGCAGAGAGCUUCAGCGAGUCCCUCAAUUCACUUCGCUUUGCCUGCAAGGUGAAUGACUGUGUCAUUGGGACGGCUUCGGCUAAUCGAAAGUAGACAGAUUUUUAUGUCUAAUUUUUUUUGUCUACUUUUUUU